GAUGAGUCAUGAUGUUUCAAACAAAGGUGAGCUAGGUGGUCUGGAGCUGACAGUGUAUAUAAAAGCUACGGCACUUGGCAACAUUUGGAAAAAACCCAAUAACCCUCACCAUGGGCAAGAUCAUUUUCUACGAGGAGAGGAACUUCCAGGGCCGCUCCCAUGAGUGCGGCAGCGACUGCGCCGACAUCCAAGUGCACCUGAAUCGCUGCAACUCCUGCAGGGUGGAGAACGGGUGCUUCGUGGUGUAUGACCGCACCAAUUUCAUGGGUAACCAGGUCUUCCUGAGGAGGGGCGAGUACCCUGAUUUUCAGUACAUGGGAAACAUGAUGGGUAUGAUGGGUAUGGCCAUGAUGGAUACCAUCCGCUCCUGUCGUAUCAUUCCUAUGCAUAGGGGACAGUUCAGGAUGAGGAUCUAUGAAAGAGAGAACUUUGGAGGCCAGAUGCAUGAGCUGAUGGACGACUGCGAGUCUCUCCAAGAUCGAUUUUACAUGUCCGACUGCCAGUCGUGCAACGUGAUGGACGGCCACUGGCUGAUGUUUGAGCAGACCAACUUCAGAGGAAGGAUGAUGUACGUGAGGCCAGGAGAGUACAGGAACCUCCGUGAACUGGGAAUGAGCAACAUCAUGAGAAUCAGCUCCAUCCGAAGGAUCAUGGAUGUUUGUUAAAUGUCAUCGAUUAUAAAACUAAUGAUAGAAGGAAAAUAAAAUUGUUGUUUUUGA